GGAGCGCUGCCUCGCGGGCCUCGCCCGGAUGGACCCCCCGGUCAAGGCGGGCCCGCUUCUGCUGCAGCAGCCGCCCGGGGGACUGCGCCUCGGGGCCAAGCGAUGGAAGAAGAGCUGGUUUGUGCUGUACCCAGCCAGUUCUCAUGGUGUGGCCCGCCUGGAGUUCUUUGACUGCAAAGAGGGUGCCGUGGCGGCCGACAGAGUCUGCACCAAGCGCCUGGACAAGAAGAUCGUGCGGCUAGCGGACUGUGUGAGCAUAGCUCCUGCCCCGGAAUGCAGCGCCAAAGAAGGCCUCUCUGUCUUCCGCCUCGAGACCAGCGAGCGCACCUAUGUCUUUGCCGCUGAGCCGCAGGAAGUGACCGAGUGGGUAGCCAGGCUCUGCGAGACUGCAUUCCCGGGCAGCCCUGGCCAGGCAGGCCAGCCUCCUGCUGAGCGGGGCAGAGAGCGGGCGCUGGAAAUGGCCACGAACUCCAUUUACGAUUCACGAGAGGAAGUGAGCGAGUUCCGGGUGACGGUGCAGAAGACGGAGGCAGCGGAGCGCUGCAGGCUGCGGGGGCCGUACGUGCUGAGGGCGUCCCGGAGCAGCCUCGCCCUCGCGGAGCCCCACUCCAGCUCGCCACUUUACACCUGGCCCUACCGCCUCCUCCGCAGAUAUGGCCGGGACAAGGUGAUGUUCUCCUUUGAAGCCGGCCGGCGCUGCGAGUCUGGCCCCGGCAAUUUUGCCUUUGAGACGAAGCAGGGGAACGAGAUUUUCCACGUUGUGCAGGCUGCGAUCCAGGCUCAGAAGGCCCAGGUGGAAGAGAACCGGCAGAGCAGUGGCUCCCUGGAUGCGGAGGCUGCUGGCGUGGCCCACAUCCAGAGCACCCUUGCCAACUUGUUCGGCCUGGAGGGCGAGGGCCCUGGGCCAGAGCAGUGGCCGACCAGGAAGGCCCUGACUGCCAAGCUCAGCCUUGCCCUGGAGAAGGAGACAGCUGUGCGAGAGCCUCCGGCACAGUGGCCGUGCACCCCGCCCCGCUCGCCGCUCCCCGGGGUGCCUUCGGAGGAUGUGGCCAACGUCUACGCAGAGCCCCUGGACGCGGUCAAGGGGUCCCGGCCAAGACCGGACACACUCUACGCCGACCCUGUGGACACCAGGCGUGAGGGUGGCGUGGGGCAGGAGUCGUGGCCCCAGGCCACGAAGGUGCUGUACGAGCAGGUGGGGCCGGGGCCCAGCAGCCACCAGGGCCUCUCGAGUGGCAAAGUCCACAUCUACGAUGAGCCGGAAGGCCGGGCCCUGCUGCCUGCCCCGGCCUCGGCCCCGGCCGCCAUCUACGACGAGGCCUGCCUCCCUUGCGAGGCCUGGCGGACCCAGGCUAGGGAAAGCCAGGCGGGCUACGAACUGCCUUUCCUCCCUGGCGCUGGGGAUUAUGCAGUUCCAGCCUUCCACCAGAAAGCGGGGCCCAAGGCUCCCAAGCCCUGCCCUGCCCCAAAGCUGCCCCGGGCCCGCCGGAAGUCCCCCCAGCCAGGCAGCAACGGCGCGCCGCGCGCUCCAUCGGCACCGGAGAGGAAUGGGCUCCUGGGAGGCUCCGGCAACAGCAGCAACAACAACAGCAACGCCUCCCGCGAGCUGCUGGCGGGGGAGCAUGGGACUGAGGAGCCCCUGUACAGCCGUGUGCUGAGGCUGCCACCAGGCCGGGCCGGCCACCCCGGGCCGGAGCAGUCGGUGGAUGGGAGCCGGCCGGCCUCUGUGUACGAGGACCUGGGCGAGAUUUGAGGCCGCCUGAGCUGGACCCUCCCCAUUGCUGGCUUCCUGGGCCGGGGGCAUUUUGGGGUCCCCGGGGCCCUGAGGCACGCGGUUGGUGGCCGGUGCUCCGCUUCCCCCCGCAGUCAUGCACAGCCAGAGCCUUGGCUGGGCCCUCCUGCAGGCAGCCAGACAUGCUCGCAACGCAUCUUUCUGGAGAAGUUUAUUUUGGUAUUAAAGCCUUUCUUGGA